AUGAGAGUGAAAGGUGCUAAGUCCAAAGAUUCACUGAGUGAAAUACUUAAGAAAUAUAAGAAGGUUCCAGGAAUCAAGGGUCAAGAUCAUUUUGAGGGUACUGGUGUAAGUGCUGCUUGCUAUUUGCUACAUAGUCAUAUUUGGUGCAAAAUGAUAUCUUAUCAUAAAGUUGGUGUAGAAGCAGCAAGAGGAAGAAGAUAUGCUGGAGCUAGAGCUGCAAUUAUCUUCUUAUUCUGGGUUCUGUUAAUUCUUGCUCAGUUAGGUUUCCUUUUAUCUGUUCAUGAAGAAACUGGUAAGCUGGUGAAGUCUCUGCCAAGAAAAGUCAGGUUUUCUGAGACACAGUCUUUUCAUGGACCUCCAACUCAUGAUCAGCCUGUGGACAUUGAUGGAAGAGAUCCAGACACAGUAUACGAAGAUGAUAAAAGGAUAAUUCACACAGGUCCUAAUCCUCUUCAUAACUAG